UAACUAGUUGAGCAGAGAAUGAUUAGUGUCCGAAUCGGAUGUGUUCCCCUUUUGAUAUCACAAUUUAGGGCACACUCAGCAGGCGCAGCUUGAACUGUUUAAAGCAUUGUUUUCACACAAUCAAAAUUGACUUGCCGUUAAAUACGAGCACAACACAAUUCAGAAUACUGAAAAUACUUCUUUUUUUUCCGUUUGCUACAAGUUUUUAAGCAAUUUCAAUUCGUGGUUGCAGACGCCAACUUCUCAAAUUCGCCAGUAAUUAAGAUACAUUUGUGGUGGCCAUAAAACCAGGCGUGUUUUUGACUGUGAUCAGAUAGAUAUAUAUAUAUAUAUAUAUAUAGACAAAUGAAGCCAUCGUCGCUGUUGUUGCGGCUUCGCAGCAUUUGGAUAAUGACCAGUUGGAUACGGAAUGAGACAUUGGCCGCUGCUGCGAUGGUUGUGCAUCGUCGCGAACAGAACAUGGAGCGCCGCCAAUAUGAACAGAUGCUGCAGUUUGCUGAAAGACAAAUGGCUGCCAAAUCACCCACCAAAAAAAUGCACAUCGUUCGCAUAUUGGACGACUACAUUGUCCCAGUCGAAUGUAGCUUGUAGCUAAAAAAAAAACUGAUAGCUGCAACACCAAAAAAGUGCUCACUAAAUUUUGCGUUGUCAAUACCUCUAAAACUUUUACGGGAUAUAUUUAUUAAGCAACCGUUUGUUUUUUCAAUAAUAUUCAAAGUUUAUAACAAGUUGUGGCUGUCUUAUUGAAGGAGGUUGUU